GUUUGAAUUAGCAUAAACAUAAUACAUAUACUAUAUGCUUUGAAAUAGGCGUCCAAUAGCUAUUGUUGGCUUCAAGCAGCCUUGAUUCUCUUAGUAGCAGUGAGUUCAUACGACCAGCAUUAUCCCUAAAAAUGCAGGCCUGGUGUCGCGUUUUCCGCGCGGCACUGGGCCAGGGCUCGGUUGCUCGGGGCCUGUCUCGGAGUCACUCACUUGUUCAUCAAUGUGACUCGCAACUGGGGACCUGCAGUCGCGCAGCAAAAACACUAGAGCUAGCUGAGGCGCCAAGUAGUAGCGGGCGUAGUAUAACAACACUGGCUGGACGGCUUGGGUCAGCAGCGGCUAAUGGGCUUUCGCGGCCGCUCUCAGCCUCGCCAGCCCUACUUGGAGAGAGUGGACUGCGACCUGUCAGCGCGCUGCAUGGGCUCCGAGCGGAUGCCCCCCUGGCGGCCCCGGGCAGCAUCUGGGGCUCGCUGAUGGGCCAGGUGCGCUGGUGCCAGAAGGGGCAGCCCAGCCGCCAGCGAGUGCCCAAGCGCAUGGGCAUCAAUGACGUCAUCAUGCCCAACACCACCCAGCUGAAGUUCGGUCUGUACGGCAUCCGGGCCCUGUCAGGGAAGCGAGUAGCGGCGAACACGAUUGAGGCGGUGCGCAGGACGUUGCGGCGGAAGAUCAAGAAGACGGCGCGGCUGUGGAUUCGCAUCGCUGCCACCGUGCCCGUGACGCGAAAGCCCAUCGGCAUUCGUAUGGGCAAGGGUAAGGGUUCCAUUGACUUCUACGCCACGCCCGUGCGGCCGGGGCAGAUCAUCUUUGAGAUGGACCGAGUGCCCCGCAAGGUGGCUCUGCAGGCGCUGCAGGCGGCCCAGUACAAGUUCCCAGUCAAGCUGGGGUUCGUUGAAUGGAGCUGAGGGGCUGAUUGGGGUUGUGUGGCCAAAGCAUAGCGUAGAUGUUGUCCCUGUACCUUGCCAACGACUUGCCAGGGUUUGCAGUCCCGAUAAUCUUAUGUGAAAGUUCCGGUUGAUCCACGUGGCUUGCAACGAGGCGCGCGUCCCCUUGGCGAAGGGGCUUUCGUUCUGAUGGGUGUGCAUGGACUGUAGGGUACGAUGGAAUCUGUAGGAGGAGGGCAGGCAGUGGUGAUGCACAUUUGCUCGGCUUAUUCUAUUCGCUUUAUGGGAAAGCGUUUUCAGGGCUGUCUUGAUUUUGAACGCCUUGCUUGACGAGCAUGUGCACGGCUGGACAAUGUCUGGCCUUCAGGUAGCGCU